AUGACGGACUGGGAGUGCGAAAAUGCAUUAGGGCCGAAAAGUCAUCAUUUUCACGUCUUUCUGCUUACGCUAUAUAAUGUGAAACCAAAUUACUGUGGACACAUUUUUUUCUUUUUCUUUCCUUUCCUUCGUUUCGUUACAUUUCGUUUCGUUCCGUUUCAUUUUGAUCCUUUCCUUUACUUACUUCUUUUUCUUCUUUCCUUUCCUCCCUUCUUUUCAUUUCUUUCUUCUUUCCUUCUUUUCCUUUCUUUUUUUCCUUCUUUUCUUCCAUUCCUUCCUUUCUUCCUUCUUUCCUUAUCACUUCCUUUCCUUUCCUUGUUUCUGUCCCUUCCUUCUUUUCCUUCCUUCCUUCCUUCCUUUCUUCCUUCCUUUCUUCCUUUCUUCUUUUCUUUCUUCCUUUCUUCUUUCCUUCCUUCCUUUCCUUCAUCUCAUCCUUUCUUCCUUCCUUCUUUUUUCCUUCCUAUCAUUUCCUUGCUUCUUUUCCUGACCUCUUUUCCUUCAUUUCCACCUCUCUCUCUCUCUCUCUCUCUCUCUCUCUCUCUCUCUCUCUCUCUUCAGUCUUAG